UUAUAUUCCUAAACUUUUCUCCACUUUGUACAUGGCUGACGAAGUGAAAAGUGUAUAUAGUAAUAAGGCAACCAUAGACGUAAGAUUAAAUGGGGUAUAGAAUCAGCUGUUGUGUCAAACAGUUUCCGAAAUUUCAUUAGCUACACCAAUUCAAUCUACAUUCUGUCGAUUUUCUUACCAUUUAUUUAUCGUAAUUAUCAAUGCUAAUUGCUAAAAAACGAUGAGCUUCCCGGAGAAACAGGACAAUAUAUCGAAGGAUGAGUGGGUUGCCAAGCUGGAGGAGAACUCCCAUACACAACGCGUUUCCAUGAACAAUUUGAUCAUGAAUUAUCUCGUUACAGAGGGAUUCAAGGAAGCUGCAGAGAAAUUUCAACAGGAAUCUGGGGUCGAGCCUACAGUAGAUCUGAGUUCUUUAGAUGAUAGAAUUCGUAUUAGAGAAGCUAUUCAGAAUGGGCGUAUUCAAGAGGCGACCAAUCUCGUGAACCAGCUACAUCCAGAAUUGUUGGAUAACGACAGAUACCUUUAUUUUCAUUUACAACAAUUGCAUCUUAUCGAAUUGAUUCGCACAGGGAAGAUAGAGGAGGCUUUACAGUUUGCUCAAGAUCGAUUGAGCGAAGCUGGAGAGUCGGAUGACAAUAUUUUGUGCGAAUUGGAACGUACUUUAGCUCUACUUGCUUUUGACGAACCGCAUAAAAGUCCUUACAGCGAUCUAUUGCAUCCGACACAUAGACAAAAGAUAGCUAGCGAAUUGAACGCGGCUAUACUAAAGAUGGAACAUAAGGAGUCGACUAGUCCGCGUUUAAAUAACCUGCUCAAAAUGAUACUCUGGGCACAAGACGAAUUGGAGAAGAAGAAAGUGAAAUAUCCUAAAAUGACUGAUUUGGGUAGUGCCACCAUCGAAAGCCCAAAAUAAUUUUAACAGGACAAAGUGUGGAACCACAUAAAUUUAUUUAUUAGGACGAAGAGAAAGGUGUAAUUGUACGAUAUUAGUGUUUAAUAUGUGAACAGGUUUCAAGAUUAGAAUAGAAAUUUGAACUUUUUAAUAUA